ACCCAAUGCAAAUCUCUCUCUGUACUGCUGUGGGGAUUCAACUCUCUCUCAGAUAUUCAUUUACAUAUAUCAUCAUGGCUCCAGCAGCAGCAACAGCAUCUGCAGAUUCUGUAAAGCCUAGAGAUGUUUGUAUUGUGGGUGUUGCGCGUACACCAAUGGGUGGAUUUCUUGGUUCUCUUUCAUCUUUACCAGCCACUAAGCUCGGAUCUAUAGCUAUUGGCAGUGCUCUUAAAAGGGCUCAUGUUGAUCCGUCACUUGUCCAAGAAGUUUUCUUUGGGAACGUCCUCAGUGCCAAUUUGGGGCAGGCUCCGGCUAGGCAAGCGGCAUUAGGUGCAGGAAUACCUAAUUCAGUGGUUUGUACCACCAUUAACAAAGUUUGUGCAUCAGGGAUGAAAGCAACUAUGCUUGCAGCACAGAGUAUCCAGUUGGGCAUCAAUGAUGUUGUUGUAGCUGGCGGCAUGGAAAGCAUGUCCAAUGUCCCUAAAUACCUAGCGGAAGCAAGGAAGGGAUCUCGACUUGGACAUGAUUCUCUUGUUGAUGGUAUGUUGAAAGAUGGAUUGUGGGAUGUUUAUAACGAUUAUGGAAUGGGAGUUUGUGCUGAAUUAUGUGCAGAACAACAUAAAGUAACAAGAGAAGAGCAAGAUGAUUAUGCCGUUCAGUAGUGGGUCCACCAGCAUUCCUCUCAAGGCCACUAGGACUCGUUACUUCAUAUGUGGUGUCGUUGGUCACUGUGGCAGUGGCAUGAAGCUAUCUGCCACCGCUGUCUUUGAUAAACCUACACGGAUACCAAUCCUCCUUCCUUUUCUUUUUUAAUCACACUGAUCCACCGCCCAACUUUUAUUUUCAUUAUUAUAAACCUUAGUUGGUCUCACUUCCCCCAAUUUCAAUACCCACUUUCUCUCUCCUCCUUUAUUAUGUGAGACUGAUGAUGGGGUAGCACAGCAGAGAUGCUCCACUUUUUAUCUAUUUCUUUCCAAACCCAACACCCUCUCUCUCCACUUUAUCACAUGGGCUUGUCCCCUCUCUCUCCUCCGUUUGAUUUCAAAAUCAAUUAUUUUUAUUUAUUUUCUCAAAACCAUUUUUAAUCUCUUUCAAAUAUCCACUCUAUAAUAAUAUAUCUUUUGCAGGGCACUACCCCCAACUUUAUUUUGAAAACAUCCAUGUUCCCUUCGUCAUCCACCUCACACCGAUCUUUUUCAAAUAACCCAUCCAAAAAUAUUUUUUUCCUCUAUUUUUUUAUUUUAUUUUAUUUUUAUUAAACAAAAC